AUGAGCAGAAACUCUUCAGUAUCAACUUCGUUGACAGCAACAACAACGGAUACCGAUAACGAGAGCCCGAUGCUUGCUACUAAUUCACUGGACAUAGAUUAUAAUUUAAAAUUACGUCAACUUCUUCAGCUUGAUGAUUCUCAUGACUCCCAACGCAUUGCGGAAACCUUAAUGGAACGUGGACGACAAGCUCUACGAGAUCGUGGAGAUGAAUUACCAUUCGAUUCGAACGUUUUUGAAAAGCAUAUGUCAAGAAGCCCAAAUGAGCUUUUAUCGAUUUUAAAACAAUACAAUGAGCUACUAUUGGAAAAAGAUGUUCAUGAGGAAUGGUUUCAUCGAUUCUUGCUGAAACUGCGAGGUCAAUUCCACGUUGAAUACGAUUCUAUUUUAACACAAUUAGCUGAGUGUGGUUGUUUUAGAUUUAACAAAAUCAAUGCAGUGUUAUCUUUAAUAGUUCAAUUCUUCUUUAAAUUUGGAGCUGAUUCCGACGCAGAUAAUUUGCUAUUGAAUCAAGUAUUUGAUUCAAUGCUAAACGAAGGUUAUGAGUCUAUUCAAACUUACAAAGACCAUCUUCGAGACGAUCUAUUGAAAAUUCAGAUAGAGAACGACCAAAAUGCUUUAUAUUUAGCUUUGAGAGAUUAUUUUCGUUCGUCGUUGCUCGACUUAUUCAAGCAAGCACAGAUUGAUGCAAAUGAAACCGAAGCAUUGGAGACGGUUUUGAAUUGCGUUAUGAAAGCUGGAUGGUGGAAAGGUGUUCGUGAAGAGCAAGUGAAGCAAAUCACCUCAAUUAAUAUCAAUGCUUUCAUUAAAAAACUGAAAGAUUACUGUACGGAAAAAAAGAUUCCUAUACCCACCGAAUUUGCUAUGGCUAAUAACGAAGAAGUUGAACAAGCACCAGAGCCAGAACCAAACGAUGAGCAUCAAGUUGUUCUUAUGUGUACUAAAGAGGCUAAAAAACAAAAUCUAUCUGAUCUAGUCACUGCAGGUGAACUAACGUACAUCAAUCAAGUUUUUACUCAAAUAAUAGAUACUAUUGUCAAGGCUUAUGCAUCGAACAAAAGGUUUUUAUCAUUUAUUAGAAGUUGUUUUACACCAAUCAUGUACCUCUUGAAAAGAUGUCAAAAUUUAGACGAUUUUUUCAAAGGUUUACAUCGAGAAUAUUCAAAGUGUAAAUUGACUGUUCGUAAACCGAAAUUAAGUCUUCGUAUGUUAAUACAUAUUAUAUUAUCCAAUUCGGAUUUGUCAUUGUCAAGGAAGCUGAUGUUUCUUCUAAGCAAAAGAAAUCCUGUUCCAUUACUUCAGCUAUCGUCAUCAAAUCAUCAAAAUGACUACGUAUUCGUUUCAAGUAUCACUCAUGUGUGGGAUUAUUCAAAACCAACACUUCUUUCAUUUGGUAUCGGUCCGUGUAAAGGCAAAUCAACAAUUCUUAAUCGAAUAUUCCUUUCGUCGUUCGAGCGUUCCAUGAACAGUAUCUAUUUUCAAAAUACAAUCGAUAUUGAUUUUGGUUCAAGUUUUCUCAAACCACGAUUAGCAAAUAUCGCUGAUGUCCAUGGAUCGAUCGAGAAAGCGUUAUUAGAACGUAUCCAUGAACUCUUUGACGGAUUUCUUAUUCAUAUUCAAUACGAGUAUUUCCAAAAUAAUCGCGAUUCCUGUGUCGAUAUUCUAAAUAUAGUGCAAAAUAUCCAAAAAUAUUGCUUAUUAAUUAUUCGUGAUUGUCCAAUCGAUGAUGAUGAUGAUGAUGAUGACGAUGAUGAUUCUGGAGUAAAUUUACUGCCGGAGAUCACUGACUAUAAGAAGGUCUUUUUACGCAAUGUUUCUGAUCAAAGUAAUCAGAAAAACGAAGAUAGUAUUAAGACAUUGAAUGACAUAAUUUGGAACGAUUUGGCAGCGAAUCCUCCGCGAGUUUCACCUUCAAUUGAAACCGUUUUGGAAGAUCUAAUGGAUGAAACAUACAAACAAGAGACACAUGAAGUUUUGAGAGCUAUUUCACCACUGGAACACGAGUUAAUCAAGAUAGCUGAUGGAAAAGUCGCCGUGGAAGCCUAUUUUCCUGAAUAUUUAAUAUUCGUUAAAUUAUGUGAAUUAAAAUUACAACUAGCAAAUUUUAAUUUCUACGCCCAUCAAAUUGAUGAAGAUGUCGACAAAGUUCGCCGUGAAAUACUCCAAAAAGAGCAUGAAUUACAAAAUGCAAAAACACAUCCAAAUCGUAUUCACCAAUUAUUUUGCGAUAUGUUAAACGCGCCCAAUACGCUGGUACCCCUAGAUUUAUUGAUUGCCAAAUUAAAACAGGCACGUACUAAAUACGUAUCGCAGGCGGAUAUGGCAAGCAAUAUUUCUUUAGAAAAGAAACUAUCUAUCGAUAUUCUGUGGCGUAAUACUAUUCUUUGCAGUGAAUACGAGACAAACGAAGUACAACAACAUCUUCGAACGCAAUAUUCAGAAUAUAUAAAGGCUGGUUUUCCGUUUGAAAUUAUCGACGGUGAUAAUUUGUACUUUCAAUAUUCAUUUCUAUAUGGAGCUUUACAAACUUUUCGUAGCUAUCGGACACUGGUUAUUAGUAUCAUCGGACCACAGAACUCAGGUAAAAGUACUCUAUUGAAUUAUAUGUUUGGAACUUUGUUUGAUGUCCGUGAUGGUCGAUGUACACGUGGGGUUUACGGAUCUUUGGUUAAAACCAAUCGAACUGAUUUUGAAUACAUCAUGUUAAUUGAUACGGAAGGUUUACUAGGCAUCGAGGGACGAAAUAUUGAAUAUGAUCGACGGAUUGUUCUAUUCUGCUUGGCCGUUUCACAUGUAGUCAUUCUCAACAUGCGUGGCGAGAUAAGUAAGCCAAUAGAGACAAUCUUAACAUUAUGUGCUGAGUCUUUAAAUAAAAUGGGUAUUACGCACAUGCCUGCGCCGACUGUUCAUUUCGUUUUGAACCAGCAGGCCGAUCCCAAUAUAGAAAAUAACAAAGCAGCCAUUAAUAAAAUUACUACUCAAGUCCAAAAUCUUGGUUUAGGUGAAUCUAUUAUUGUCAACGAAAAUACCUUUCAUGCGCUUCCAUCAGCAUUUCAGUCCGUGGGAAGGACACUUACAUCGAACGAACACCUUCCUAGCAGAUCAAACACUGUCUUCGAAUUCAUGGAAUGUGUUCAUUCACUGUGUGGAAAAAUCAUUGAUUCCGCUGGAUCGUCCAUAACUGGAAAAAACGAACUCUUUUACCCAUUACAAUGGUUAUCGCUAUCACGAACCAUCUUUGAUACAAUACAAAAAUUCGCCGAUCUUACUUGCUAUCAAGAUAUUCAUGAGAGAAAUCUAGACAAAACUCUUCGUGAACACAUUCAAACUGAACUAGCGAACGCUUUCUCGGAAGCAUGUCGCAGCGAUUUAAUUAUUCAAUGUUCUGAGAAAACCGAACAAGAACUUCGAGAUUUAUUCGAAGCACAACGACAAGUCAUUGAUGAACGAAUAGGACGAAAUCUCGAAGAACAGUUCAAUCUAUUGAAAGUACCGGGUACACUUCGUCGGCGCACGAAGGAAUUCUUGCACAUACAAGUUAAGCAGAUGUUCAAAGCUUUACAUGUUGAGACGAUUGCAGUCAAUGAAAGAAAAAAAGUCGAAGCACUCAUUAAUAAAGGUAAAGAUGAGCUGAAACAGUUAAUCGAGAAGACAAUUGACAAUGAACGAAGAAAAACGACAACUGAAAGAAUGCAAACCGAUAGCGCUAGAAACCAAUUCGAUGAAAUGUUCGAUAAAAAAAUUCAAACCAUCCGUUCCGGAUUCAUCCCAGAAGAACGUCUCAAACAAGCUUACACAAAUAUCUAUGCAAAUUAUAAUAUCUACGAAAAAGAAUGUCUCUUCAAAUUUCAAGAUAUGUAUUCUGAACACUUACGAUUUCUCUCAAACCCCAAUCAACCCGAAAACCAAUUCAUUGCACAAUUUCUAACAGAAGCGUAUAAAGUAGAUUCAUUCAAAGCUCAUCACUACAAUCCAAAUACGAAUUACAUUUCAGACAUGAUCAACAGCCUUGUCUAUCUGAAUAAAGACUUACUAAAGCAAAUCUUCGAGGAAUGUUCUACAUCAUCAAACGACUUUCAAAUGAAGAUCAGAAAUGAUAUUCAAAAGCAGAAACCUAUUGAACAAGCUGAUUCGAAAUUAGACGAACGUCAAAUGUAUCUUCCAAUAUCAACCGUUUUCAAAGAAGUUAUCAAACAAAUCACGGCAGUCAUGCAUUCGCUGGAAAGUAAUGGCGUCAAACAAAUUCAAAUGGCUCUGAUACAAAAGAUUGUCGGUCAAAUAAAUUCCUUGAUCAUCAAUGUCAACGCCGAAUUAUCUCCAUUUUGUCUAAGUUUAUCUCGACCAUUGAAAUCAACAUUUCAUUCUUGUGCAGUUAUUUUACUUACGAAAUAUUAUUACAACGAACAAAAGAAGUACUUCGAUGAAACUUUAUCGAGUUUAGACAUGAAGAAAAAAGAUUUCAAACUAUAUUUUACAAAUAUGGUUGAUCGUGGUACUGAACUGGAUAAAGAAUAUGCAAUAAAACUUUGUAACGAUCUAAAAGAAGGCUUUAUUCAAUUAAUGUUCAACGAUGGACAAGACGUAAUCGACAAAGUAGUGAACCGUUCGAUAUACCUCAAUCGGCAAUGGAUACAAAAUGCUUGUGAUGAUAAACUAUUGGCCGAUCAAACAACUCAAUUUAUCUUAAAUUAUAUACGAAAUCCAAGAGAAUCUUUUAAACAAUUGUUCAAAGAGAAAUGGCAAGAUGUUGAAACCAAGAUUAAUCAAGAAUUAGCGUUAAAAAAAGCCGACUAUAUUAGUGUAUUAAAAGAAUAUUUUACUUGUAUGAAUAAUCUGUUGAAAGAGAUUCAAAAAUUGCCAUCUUCAGUCAAAUUGGCUGGUGAAAUAUUUACAAUUAAGGAUUCAAAUUCAUUAAGCAUGAACGAACAAUUGAAUGAUAAGAAGUGCUGUUUAACAACACUGCUAGAGCAAUACUUGACUAAGCGUGACAUACCUAGUUCAAUUGAACAAAACAAUCGAAAUUAUAUCGUUAGUGCCCAAGCUGCUCACUUUUUUCAGUCAUUAUUAAAAUCAAGUGAACCAAGUGAUGCCUUAUCGAAGAUAUUGAUAGCACUCUCCCCUUUCAAUCAAAUCUCGAUCGGAAAUUUGGAAACAUUCUCACACGCUUUAGCCGAGCAGCGCGAUGUUUUCAUUACGGAAUUAGACAAAGCUGAUGUUUGUUUUAAAAGUGUUGAUAAGCGCAACGUUUAUGAAAAUCUUUUGGACAGAGUACUUGGGUGUCCAGAUCUUUGUCCAUGUUGCAAUCGACCAUGUGACGUUGAUCAUACAAAAAUGCAGUCUAAACCAGGUUCGAAAAAUAAUGAACACCUCUGUAUGUCAGGCCAUACAUUUUGGGCAAUGAAUGGUUAUAAAUUUGAAAUAAGUGAAGAGACAUCAUUAUUCACAUGUGAUCAAAUACAGAACAACAACAUUGUCGUUGUUGGACCCAGACGUUACCAAUGGUCUCAGUUUAAAAUCGAGCAUCUAGAUUGGUUAUUCGAUUCAUCACUAAACAGACAUGAUUUGAAUGCCGUACACAAGAAAUUUUCGGCAAUAUGGAAUAAAGUUGGACCACAACUUUGUCAAGAAUAUGGAAUGACGUUUGUGACACGUAAUACAGAAAGAGCAUCUUCGAAUGCAAUCUAUACAGCACACCAUUUCGUGCUACUUUUGGAUGCAUCAGCAUCAAUGGACAGCGAAAUCCGAUGGGGCUAUCUGAUGGAUGCUGUCAGAGAGUUUUUAAAGCGUCGCCGCGAAUUGAAAACUGAUGAUCGGUUUACAAUAAUCGUUUUCUCGGACUACGCAGAAGUGCAGAUCGUAAAUCAAGUUGUUGAUGACGUCGAUUUGCAAACGAUCAAAUACCAUGAUGGUGGAACAUCUUUUAGCUCAGCAUUCACUUGUGUUUCGGAAGUAAUCAACCAAUUCAAGAACAAGUCCAGUGUCAAUUCAGUUCAUCAAAAUUUUGCUAUCGUCUUCAUGACGGAUGGCGAAGAUCAGAAUAGUUUUGAGGAAGAAAUAAAUACACUGGUCAAUACGCAUCAUUCUGUUAUUAAGAAAUUUUGCACAUUGGCACUGACUGAUCGUUGCGAAUCCAUUGAACGCCUGGAAGAAAUUAACCGUAAGAUGAAUGGAUCGUUCUAUGAUAUUCAAUCUCCAGCUGGUUUAGUUCCUAUCUAUGCUCAAAUAGCUACAAGUACAACUGUCUCGAUUAGCUAA